GUUGGUACCCCUCAAAGACGCGCCCGCUUCGAGUGUAUGUCUUCAGAUCUCUCUGAUCAAGCCCAUCCUUUUCGCUCCGCGUGCCGUUUUUGGUUUCGCCAUGCUGCGAGCGCUGUUGACGACUCCGACUCUGGCAGCCGCCACCUGCCUGCAGAAUGGCGUGCUCUCCAAGGACCCUUCAGCGCCGCUGCCCUCGUUGUACUUCAAGACCUGGAGCGAGUGCCAGAAGAGCUGUGAGACCAACCCCACCUGCCAGUGGUUCUCCUUCAAGGGGGACAGCGCUCCCACGAACGGCGCCUGCUACCUCUUCAGCAAGACGGACGUGGGCACGGAAGCGGACCCCAAAGCCUUCUCUGGGCCCAAGGGAUGUCAGGACGCCACCAUCCUGACUGAUGCCGCCAAGACCGCCGCAGGCGUCGCAGCAGGCAUCCAGGAGGGCGCUAGCGGCACUGCCGCCAGCCUGGCAAACGGCCUGAACAACGGCGUGGCCGGCCUCCAGGCAAGGUCAAGCGAGGGCGCCAGUGGCGUGGCCGGCGGCCUGAACAGCGGCGUGGCCGGUCUCCAGGAGCAGGCCAACGGCGCGGCCGCCAGCCUGGCGGAUGGCGUGAACAGCGGCGUGGGCGCCGUCUCCGAUUCCUUCGCAGCGGCAGGCGCUCACUUGAGCAACACCGCCAACCAGGCGGCAGACCAGGUGGGGGCCACAUUCAAGGAGGGAUCUGACGGCAAAGCUCUGGCUGCGGGCAGCAAGGAGGGGGACACCACGGUCUAUGCCAUCGUGGGUGGCAGUGUGGGUGCGGCCAUGGUGGCCGCUGGGGCAUUGGCUAUGUUCGGCGGGGGCGGCACGACGGCUUCCAAGAAGAAGAAGCGCGGAGUGACGGGACCAAUCUCCACCCCAGGUGAGCCUCGGAAGGCGUGGCAGCUCUACGCGAAGAUGGCCAACCCGGGAGCGACCUUUGACGCCGAGGCGCCAUCCAGCACCGCAGCCGCGUCAAGCGCUGCGCCCGCCCAAUCCGCGGUGCAGAUGUCGGCGCCCACGUACUCCGUGCCGCGGCCCUUCGCGGCGGAGCCGAGCUACGCUGCCGCACCGACAUACCAGCCGGCCCCGAUGACCUACCAGCCGGCCAUGACCUACCAGCCGGCCAGCUACCAGCAGGUUCCCAUGUCCAGCUACCAGGUCCCCGCGUCCAUGCCUGCGCAGCCGAUGACGUAUCAGGUCGCCCCUUCGGCCUACCAGCCGGUCUCUUCGGCUUAUCAACAGGUGGCUACAGAGCCAUACCAGACCCAGUGAUGUAGGUUCCGAAAUGGUCCCAAGUAUGGCUACUGGACAUAUGGAUAUGAUCUAUGUUUCUCUUGAGCUUCAAAAUUCAGACUUGGUGGCUCCCAGCUAUCCUCUUAGCUUUUUAGCCUUUUAGUG